UAAAUGAUUACUGUUUAUCCUGGGAGUGGAAAAUAGACAUUGUCCUAUAACAAGGUUAGAUAUAAAGUUAGAUUGCAUUGCAUAGAAAUCAUAGAAAUGAAUGUGUCCGUGACACGCACCUUUCACGAGAAAAAUGAGGGUAACAAGGGAUUCAGGCAGCAGCGAGCAUACGAUUAUCUUUACGAUCCCACUUUCACGGUGUCAGGUGAGAUAGACCACACCAGGUUAAGUCACAAGGCGCUCUCGUCGGUGGAUCGUGUGAGGAAGUAUCCAGAAUUUAAUUCGAUGUUCAGUAACCUCCCUCACCACCCACAUUACACGCUGCGUCUGGAUGCCACCGACCCUGUUCCUAACUUCAUCGACCGCCGCUGGCGUGGGCUUUCUGAGCAGAGGAGAGAGACCUUGCAAAAGCUGUCAGGGCUGCUGCCUGGAGUUCAGCUCCGCAAACCAUACCCUGAAGAUGUGACCGGAGUGGAUCGCUGGAAGUUUUUUAAACGUCCACUGAUCCCAUUUUCUAAGCAAAUCCCACCUGAUGUUGUUUUUGCUCUGCCUAAAACCGACCCCCUCUCCAACCAGGAGGGCGGUGCUGAGCAUCCAGACAGCCCUUUCCAGCGCACGGUGGGGGUGCAGACAGAUUAUCGGGACAGUGAGGCCCAGACCGAGCCCUAUAGCCCCGAGUACACGCUGCAUCCUGGGACAGCUCCCCCAGAGCUCCUCACCCUGGCCUCACUCAUGUGGGGCCGGGGACUGCCUGCUGGGCUGGAGGAGGUGGAGAUGAUCGAGAGAGCGAGGAAGAAGAGGGCCUGGGAGACCACGCUGCCACCCCUUAAUGAUCUCAAUCAGCUGGAACAGAGGAAGAGGAUGAUGGAUGAGAUGGAGAGGAAAGAGUGGGCUUUCCGAGAGCAGGAGAUCGAGAAGCUGCAGGAGGCUCGCCUGGACCUGCUCAUGCAGCUCCUGCAGCAGAGGGAGGUGCAGCAAGAGGAGGCCACGGUUGGGCAGCUGGACGAAUACUUUGCCCAGCGGCAGAGACAGAAGGAGGAUCGCCUCCACAAGAUCCGCAGUGACUACGUCCUGUCUGUCCGGAAGCUCCUGGCAAAGAGGAGGGCUGUGGAUGUGAAGCGGGGGAAGAGGGAUGUCAUUAGCGAGCACUCUGAUUACGGCUCGCAGACAUACGCUCCUCUCUCCCGGCACGGCGUUUUCCCUGACCGCCACACGGCCCGCAGCACGGUGACGAGCCGCCUCCUUAGCACCUACCAAGGGCUGCUGGAGCUGGAGACGAGCCUCCCAGCCUCAGCCCUGGAGCCAAGAAUCAAGGCUCCCAAGCCCAGAGCAAGCAAGGGCUUCCUUAGCCGCUCGGAACGCAGGGAGAUGGAGCUGAUGAGGAUGCAUCAGGCUUUGAAAGACACAAAGGUCCGAGCAGAAGAGAAGAAGCCCCUGCGCUUCCUCUAUAAGAAGGAGAAGCCGGUGCCUCGCCCCUCAACACCUGUCGUGGACGUGCCUCUCGAGUCAGAAGAGAAGAAAGAGCUUGCUGUCAUUUAUCUGCAGAAACUGCUCAGGGGAAGAUCCAUCCAGAACCAGAUGCUGGAGGGAAGAGCCAAGCGUCUAGAGCUGAUCCAGGAGCUACGCACCACCCACGCCCUUCAGCGCGAGGAGCAGGAGCUGCAGAGGGCCGACAAACAGGUCACGCUGGCCCUGCAAAGAGAGCGGGAGCUCCACAGUACCAAGAUAUCUCAAAUAGAUGCCUAUAUGGCCGGCCUGUCUGGAGCAGUACUUGUUGACAUGCUGGACUUCCUGGCUAAGGAGCUGGUUCGCCUACAGGAGGAGAGGCGGAUCCACGCCUUCACACUAUUGGCUGAGAGAGACCGCCGCAUUCGUGAGGCAGAGGAGAGUGGGCGGAGACAGGUGGAGGAGCGGCGACGGAGAGAGGAAGAUGAGAUCUUUAAACAGGUGGUGAAGGUACACCAGGCCACAGUGGAUCUAUACCUGGAGGAUGUGAUAAUUCGAACCAUUGAGCACACUGCUGAGGACCAAGCCAGAGAAGAGAUUCACCACAUGGCCCAGGAACUCGAUGCCAUUGCCCACGCCAUGGAGCAGCCGAGGGACAGUGUGCAGUCAGAAGAGAUAGUGGCAGAGCUUGUCUACAGGUUCCUCAUUCCUGAGGUGCACAAGAUCACUGUGAGAGACAGAGUAAGACAGAGUCAGAGAAGGCACUUGCAUGCAGCACAUUCCCUCAUCCACAACACCAAUGGAUCUGCUGUAGGAUCUCCUGUCCAGUGCCUCCACCCUCCUUCCCCCUCGGCCAGAGUCUCAGUCUCCUUGCUUUCCCAGAUGCUUGACCAGGUGGAGGAGGCUGGGGCUCCAGCAGAGACCCCAGCAAGGAACAGCUUUGGGUAGGCUGGUGAGAACUGAGAUUUCAGCUCCAUAGCAUUACUAUGUGUGUUUUUUAUGUGUAUGUGUCAACAGAAUUUCCCUGUUUUUCGAGUCUACUAUGGUUGUGUUUAAUGCAGAGUGACAACAUUCAGUAGAAAAUAAAAAUAGCAUUGUUCACAAGUACAUGCUAAUGCACACUCAAUAAAGCA